GCAUCUCCAAGCCUCCAGUUCUCCUUCUUCCUGCAGCCACAGAACAAGACCAGCCAUGAGCCACUCUUCGAUGCAUACCUCAACGUCCUACAGGCGUACCUUUGGGAGCCCACACCCCAUCUCCAUGUCCUCUUACUCCCCUGUGAACUCUCGUAUGCCCGCUUCUGGAGGGCGCUAUAUGCGUUCAAUGUCACCUGGGGUUACAUCCCGCCCCAACAACUACCACCAACAGCGCUCUCGCACCGUCUCCCAGCCCCCUCGCAUCUCCUAUGAAAAGGUGGACUUCACCUUGUCUGAGGCCAUCAACGCGGAGUUCCUGACGACCCGCAACAACGAGAAGGCCGAGCUGCAGGAGCUCAACGACCGCUUUGCCAGCUUCAUCGAUAAGGUGCGUUACCUGGAGCAGCAGAAUGGCUCACUGCAGCAGGAGCUCAACGUGUUCAAGGGCCAGCAGCAGCAAGGUCAGCCCAACCGAGCCUCCGAGCUCUUCCAGGAGGAGGUGAGGGACCUGCGCCGCCAACUGGAUGCCACCGGCAAAGAGAGGGACCAGUACCUGAUGGAGAGGGACAACCUGGCUGAGGACCUGGCCCAGCUCAGGCAGAGGAUGGAUGAAGAAGCCCAGAAGAGGGCAGAUGCUGAGGGUAACCUGGUUGCCUUCCGCAAGGAUGUGGACGAUGCCACAUUGUCCCGUCUGGAGCUGGAGAGGAAGAUUGAGUCUCUGAUGGAUGAGAUUGAAUUCCUUAAGAAGCUCCAUGAUGAGGAAAUCCAGGACGUUCAAGUGAGUGUCCAGACCCAGCAUCUGAAGAUGGAGGUGGAAAGCACCGCCAGGCCUGACCUUACUGGUGCUCUGAGGGACAUCAGGGCCCAAUAUGAGACCAUUGCCUCCAAGAACAUGCAGGAAUCUGAGGACUGGUACAAGUCCAAGUUCAAUGAUCUGACUGAUUCUGCAAAGCGCAACACUGAUUCUCUGAGGCAGGCCAAGCAGGAGGCCAAUGAAUCCAGGAGGCAGAUUCAGUCACUCAACUGUGAAGUUGAUGCAUUGAAGAACACUAAUGAAUCUCUGCUGAGGCAGAUGCGUGAAAUGGAGGAUCAGUUUGGCAAUGAGGUCGGCAACUACCAGGACAACGUCGGCAGACUGGAGGAUGAGAUCCACCACCUGAAGGAUGAAAUGGCUCGCCACCUCCGGGAGUACCAGGACCUCCUCAAUGUCAAAAUGGCUCUGGACAUUGAGAUCGCUACUUACCGUAAACUGUUGGAGGGGGAGGAGAGCAGGAUUACUGUUCCCAGCUUCAAUAUGAGCAUGAGCAGUCACCGUAGUGAGCGAGACUAUGAUCAAACUCAAGACACCCCAAGCAAGAAGAGUGUGGUGAUCAAGACAGUUGAGACUAGAGACGGAGAGGUGGUGAAGGAGUCCAGGAGGGAGCAGCCAAGAGACUCAGACCGCAACGACAAGGACGAUGACGACGAGGAGUAGAAAAUGACAAAUAAGAAAAUGUGAAAGGCCAGAGCCAUGAGAGAAAAAAUAAAGUAAAAUGAGAGAUCCCCC